GGCCCAAGCACUCUCCCAACAACCCUGUGGAUAGCGCACAAUGCGCGAAGGUGGCCAUCACUGAGCUCUAUAUAGUGAUGGGCAAAGAUCUGAUGAGUGUGGACUGUGUCACCGCGGGUAAUAUCUGCGGCGUGGGUGGUUUGGCUAAGCAUGUCUACAAGAAUGCGACCUUGGCGUCGUCUCCGUUAGCCCCUGCGCUGUUCUCAAUGAAUUCGAAUGAGGCGCCGAUUGUGCGUGUGGCGGUGGAGGCGUUCAAG